AUGCUGCUUUGGAUUGUUCUGCUGAAUGCGGCUCUUUGUGUUGCUAGUGGAAAUGUUACAAGGGACGUUUGUAAGGAGCAGAUAUGCUCUUGCAACGAGAUAGAGGGAGAUCUGCACAUAGACUGCGAAAAAAGGAGCUUCACCACUCUGCAGCAUUUGACUGGCCCGAGCUCGCAGUUUUAUCACUUGCUGUUGCACGGGAAUUCUCUAUCCAGGCUAUUUCCCAACGAGUUUGCCAACUUUUACAACGCUGUGAGCUUGCAUUUGGAAAACAAUGGUUUGCACGACAUUGUCCCCGGCGCCUUUCUGGGGCUGCAGCUGGUGAAAAGGCUGCACAUCAAUAACAAUAAGAUAAGAUCAUUCAGGAAGAGUACAUUUCUGGGGUUAGACGACUUGGAAUAUCUCCAAGCUGAUUUCAAUCUAUUGAGGGAUAUUGACCCCGCCGUUUUCAGGGACCUAAAUAAACUUGAAGUGUUAAUACUUAACGACAACCUCAUCAGUGCGCUACCUAUAAACGUGUUUCAACAUGUGCCCAUUACGCAUCUCGACCUGCGGGGAAACCGAAUCAAAACGUUGCCUUAUGAGGGGAUCCUUGAACAAAUACCGGGCAUUGCGGAGGUUUUGUUGGAGGACAACCCGUGGGACUGUAACUGCGACCUGGUUUCUCUUAAGGAAUGGCUGGAGAACAUACCGCAUAACGCGCUUAUUGGGAGUGUGAUAUGCGAGGCUCCCACCAGGCUGCAAGGGAGCGACUUAAACGAGACGUCAGAAGAGGAUCUGUGCCCUUCACAGAGCGGCGGCGUGGACGCCAGCCUGGUCGCCCCUCCCACCCAGGAGGAGACCUCGGAGCCUGUGGCCCAUGGCCCGCGUCCCACGCCUUACAAGCCCAGUGGAGAUGCCAGCGGGCCCCCGACACCUGGCGUCCACGGACCCAAGAGCCGCUCCAAAUCUCGUGAGAACUGGCAGCUGAAAACUAAGCCCACUCCAGUGGUGACAGGUGUGAACGGGGAAAGAGAGCAGCUGCACAACGUGACAUGCCCCCGGCCGUGCAACUGCAAGCUGGUCGGCUCCAGACAAGGGCUGGGGGUCAACUGUGAGGGUAAAAAGAUCGAGAGCUUAUCCAACCUCAAGCCUAAGCCCCUGUCCGCUCACGAAUUGAACAUGAGAGAUAACAACAUACACGCAGUGAAAAAGAACCAGCUGCUCGGCUACUCCAGCCUCAACCUGCUUGAUCUGGGUGGGAACAACAUCAAGGUGAUUGACAACAGCACUUUCCAAAACCAGAGCGAGCUGAGGUGGCUGUAUAUGGAUAAGAACUAUCUGGAUACGCUGAUGGCAGAGAUGUUUGUGGGCCUUGUGAAUCUGGAAUAUCUCAGUUUGGAAUACAACGACAUCCAGCUGAUAGUGGCAGGUGCGUUCAGCCCCAUGCCAAAUCUGAGGGUUCUGUUCCUCAAUAACAACUUGCUGAAAUCUUUACCUGUGGAUGCUUUCCUUGGGAUUUCUUUAUCCAAAAUUAGCCUGCAUAAUAAUUAUUUCCCCUAUCUCCCUGUGGCUGGCGUGUUAGACCAGCUCAAUUCAAUCAUACAGAUCGAUUUGCACGGGAAUCCGUGGGAUUGCUCGUGCAACAUCGUGCCCUUCAAGCAGUGGACGGAGAAGCUCGGGGUCGAUGUGAUAGUGAGUGAUCUCAAGUGCGAGUCCCCUGAACAGUUUUGGAAACGAGAUUUCCGCUACGUCCGGAACGACCUCAUGUGCCCCAAACUCUAUGACAGAAUCUCCCCCACCCCAAUAUCCAAAAACAGCACUUUCACCCUGGACUCGGGGACGCGCUCAAACUCUUAUUUGGAGCCGAACAGGGUCUCCAUCUCGGUGCUCGUCCCCGGGUUGCUGUUGGUGUUUGUCACGUCCGCUUUCACUGUUGUAGGAAUGCUUGUCUUUAUUUUGAGGAAUCGAAAGAGAUCAAAGCGGAGGGAUGGAAACUCGUCCGCCUCGGAGAUCAAUUCCUUACAGACAGUGUGUGACUCCUCUUAUUGGCACAGCGGGCCUUAUCACGCAGACGGGGGCGCGCACCGGGGCUUCGACUGCAGCACGCACCUCUCCACAACAAACGAUGCGUAA